CUCGUUUCAGGACAGGGACUAUACUUUCUGCAUGAAGAAGCAGGGCCGGCCCAACCAACCUAGGCAGUCGCAUAACGUUGCAGCCCAAAGAAAGGCCCACGCCCACCGAACUUCCUAUAGCUACAGUGAGUCACGGUAGAGCUAUUGACUACGGGCUACCUCGACAAGACGUGGGAAAACCUAAUCGCCGUCCGCCAUCGGCCAUGGCAGGCAAGAACCUGUUCGACAACCUAUUCCUUCGCCACCGACCUACUUCCCGCCUCCCAACGGACCCUUCCCUUCUUUGCAAGAAAACACCGGAGAACAGGGGACUCCUUCCCCUCUCCCUCGCCCUCUCGCAGUCACUGAUAGUGAUCAAACCCUCCCAUCUCUUUCUGAUCCCUCCUUCCUCGCGCGCUCUUGUAAGAGGAGGGGGGGAGGGGGGGGGGCGGUGGGAGGAAUCCUAGCGCGGCCCCGCCUGAUAGACGAAUCCGUGAUUCUUGCUUGCUGAGUGGACUCUGAAACCGUAAAGGGAUUCUUGGUGCUCGUCGCGCCUGCCUCGCAGAUUUAUGCAAGCAGAUGGACAAAGAUAUUCUUAGUACUUUGAAAGUUGUGUGGAAAAUGCAAAAAAAGAUCAAUCAUUGUCGGAAAAGUUGGCAGUGUUGGCCUCCAAGCAUAUAUACAGGUUCGUCUUAGACGAUUACAAGCUAUAUCAGAUUGUCUAGAUUUUUUUUAGAGCUUUAUUGAUACGAAAUCGAUAAUGAGAGAUAUUAAUUAAAUAUCCAUAGAAAUAAACAUGACCUGCAAUUCUAAAUGGCUAGAUGCCUUGAAAUAUUCACUACUUUUUUCUCUUAAUAGGAUAAGAUGAGGAUAAGUGGAAGACAGAUGGUGAUUCUUUUUACAUAUUUUUUCACAAGUGUUUGCUCUGAUGGGCAAGUUACAAAUUUUGUAUCUUUUCGUUAUAUUGUGGUAUGGAGUGAACUUGCAAUUCAUUUAUGGGUUGAGUGUUGAGGGGGACAUGUGGAAAUAGCAUAUACGAAGAAUCAAUCAAAUAGGUUCAUUAGUGUGAGCAUUAGCAAUAUGGUCUUAUAAAUAAUUUCUAAUAUUAAGUGAUGAAUAAUUGUAAUUCUUCUACCAUGCUACUUUGUCAUGUUUCAUGAAAAUUAGAUGAGUUAUGCAACAACAAUUUGACAAUACCAUAUUUUGUGAUGCUAGAGUUAAAUUUUGAAUCAAGUGGAAUGUUAUUGCUUGUUAUGUCUCCAUGUACUAUAUAUUGGUGGAGUGCAAUCAUGGUGCGCAUACAAUAUAACAUCAGCAACAUCCUUGACAAUAUCCAGUCUCUUUUCCCAGCCACACUCAAUGGCUCCUUCCUCAUUCUAAAAGUAUGCAUGCCAAACUUCCUUUUUUUUCAUAUAUUAAUGUACAAGAAACUUUUAUUUAGUAGUGGAGUAAAUUCCCGUAAAGCAUCACAAUGUUCUGGUGCCAAAUUUGGGUCGUCUAAAGCUGCAGCACCCUUGCUAGACUAAAGGUCUAAAUCCAAUCAAUUUCAAUCAUAAAUAUCACGAUGGAUCUGUAGUCAACUCCAAAAGAGCCUCUGUUGCAGUAUCUUACAUAGAUCAUGGACCGAAUCUUUUUUAAUAUCAUUUGUCACAAUCCAAGAUCUCAGGUAAAAGGUUAGCUGGAGGGUGUUAUUUGAGUUCUUUAGCCUUGUAAAAGCAUCGGAGAUCUACCCAAUGUAUAGUCGAUAGAGAACUAAAUACAUACCUGCACUAGCCCUCACAAGCUCCUUGCCAAUGAAAAAUAUGUCAUCAAAAUCUUCUGUGGCUAAGAUGAUGUCUCGCAUGCAUCUUUCCCAUCAAAAUGCCAAACCAAGAAUGAACUUCCAUUGGGCACAUUUGUUUCAAAUUGUAUUUUGUGUGUCACACCUCAGAUCCGGAACAUAAUUUGUCGCACCCUAGAUCCAAAGCAUGACAUGGCCAUGCUACCGAGGGGUGAAACCCUUGAUAAUACGAAGCCAACAUUACAUUUAACUUUUAGAUCGAUCUCAAAUAUAAUAGAAUCAAUAGGAAUCUAAUUUUAUUAUUCAUUAAAUAAUAACUAAUAUUGGUUCAGAGCAUCUAAAUCCAAACUUGAAUACCAAACCUAUAAUUCUUACUAUUCACAAAAAAUACUAAUUACAAUUUUAUAAUCAAUUGUAGAACUAAAAUUUUGCUCUGUUACAUAGAUCACCAAGCUUGCUAGCGCGAACUUCAAGUCUGGACCAACCUUCAUCUGUAUUGAUCCUAUUUGUCUGGAGAGAGAAAAAUAAAAAGAGAUAUAUGAGCGACAUAGCUCAGUAAGUAAACAUUUUACUACCUUACUAGAUCAAGUAUAAGUUUUUUCCAUGCUAAUGCAUCAUUUAAAGAAAAUAACAAACAUUCUAAAAUAAGUAUUUCAUAAUAUAGUAUAAUAAAACAAGUCAUAAGCAAAUCAUGCAUGCAAAAAUCAUUCAUAAUUCAUAACAUAACUCCAUAUUUAUUUUUUCAAAUAAAUACACAAAUCAUUCCUCUGCCAUUUAGCCAUAUUAUAGUUAAAAAUAUUGCUUACAGAUAUUUAUGCUUUGGUCACUUUAUAUCCGUGACAGGGCUAGUGUUUGUAAUCGAUAUAGAUUUAUGUUCGUAUGUCAGCUCUAUACCCAUUGGCGGGGUUAUUGUUCGUAUGGAUGCUAGCUCCGGAUGUCGAUUUUCUCAAUGCAAUGGAUCAUAUAUAGCUAUCUGAGAGUUUUUAGAAAGCUUAUAUCUUUUUUAUAAAACAUACAUAUAAAUAGAUAAAUACUAAAUGGCAUGAUCAGAUUUAUAUUUCAUAACAAAACUAUUUUUAUUAAAAUAUUUGUAGAACUAUUUUUCAUAAUAAAGUAUAAUUUUCAUAAUACAUAUGCUGAUCCAUAAUUUAAAGCAAAGCAUGAUAUUUUUACAAGCAAAUUUUAUGCAUGGAAAAUAUGUCGUAAGGAGUGCAAGAUUUACUUGCAAGUUCAAAAACUAGGAAGGAGUACAAAAUUUACUUACAAGUUCGAAAAUUAGUAAGGAGUAUAAGGCUUACAGUUCGAAAAUUAGUAAGGAUUAUAAGGCUUACUUACAGUUCAAAAAUUAGUAAGGAGUAUAAGGUGAGUAUAAGGCUUGCUUACUUCUUUUGCCUUAAGCCGUCAAACUUUACUAAGCAAUUCAACCCUAUUAACAACAUUAAAUGCGGGAUUAAUUUUCAUUCGAAUAAAUAAGAAAGGAGAUGGUUGGUUGGGUGACAGUGUUCGGCGGUUCCGGGUAGGUCAGGCCUAAGCGAUUCGAUCCAUAAAUCAUAGGACAUGGACUCGAUCAGGGCCAAGGUUAAUCAAUAUGAUUCAUCAAUGAAGAUUUCAAGGAUAUUCAACAGGGCCAUGAUGAUCGAUCUAGCAGGCAGCCCGACACCAGGGCGGAUCAAGGCCUUUACAGGGCUCGACUCGGAUUCGUAGAUCAGGUCGACAAGACCCAAUUCUGGAUUUCUUGGACCUUCUAGAGAGAGAAAGCAGAGAGAGAAAGUGGAGAGGAGAGAGGAAACAAGAGAGAGAAAUAAGAGAGGGAUGACUCUCUCUCUUCUUCUUCUUCUCCUCUUCUUUUUUUUUCUUUCUUAUUUGUUUCUUCUUUUCUUUCUUCCUUGGUAAAAUAGAGGAGGAAAGAGAAUGGCUGGUGGCUGCUGUGGUCCGGUCAGAUGGCAGACGGCGGUGGUGACAACCAGCUAAGGGCGGUCAGAAAAGGAUGAUAAAAAUAGGGGUGGGACAGGCUGGUGGAUUCGUGUCUUAGUGCACUUGCCGGCGGCUGGGGGAUUGGCACGGGCCAGAGGUCGACGUAAGGAAGGAGCUGUGGGCUUCGGCGAUGAACAUUGACGACACCAGCAUACUCAAAAGAAGAGAAAGAGAAUCGAAACAAGGGUACCAUGUUUCGGAUGCAAAUUUGGCGAUUGCCGGUUCCAAAAAGGCUAAGAACAAUGGCUAGAAGCUUGAGCUAGAAAGGGAAGAAGGCGAAGAACUCUCACCUUGGUCCAACGAAGCCUCCAGUGGCUCUCCGGCAACCUUUUUUCAGCGACAAAUUGGAGAGGAGAUUUAGAGAAGAAUCGUUAGAUCGGCGGCGAUUCUUGGAGAAACCGGUGAUGGAUUUCAAUGGAGGAGGAGGAGGAAUUAAAUAGGGAAAGUCUCCGAGUCCUAGUCGAACUUGGAUUGCCCUGGGAGUCCUUGAUUCUUGCCAGAUUCGGAGGAGGAUGAGUCUUCUUUCUCAGUUGCUUCAUGUUAGGGAGCACAAUGGGGCUUUGGGCCUGGCCUCUUCGGGUCGGCCCACAUGCCCAAGGAAAGUGCGCGACGGUCAACCGACCGGGUCCUCAGAUUGUGCUUCUUGAAGAAGGCUAUAGCAACUCUAGUGAAGCAAGAAUAAAAGAAAUAGCGAGCCAAGAAUAUAUAUAAUUGUCAAGAGCAUGACUUUAUGGCGUUGCUUGGCAUUUUCUUGUUGAAAGUGUGUCAAACGGAGGUAAACCGUGCACAUAACCACACAAGCCUUUAUCAUGAACAAACAACUCUCUUGGAGCAUUUUGGAAAAACUGGUUAUCAGGAAGAAGGACCCUCCAGGAGGUAUGAUAAAUCUAUGGAUGACAAGCUAAUCAUGCCUCGAAGAGAUGAUAAAAUGGAACCUCCGGGGUUGUUAUGCGAGAGAUUUAGGUGUUUUAACAUUAGUAGCUUGCUUAGUUGUGAUGGAAUAUUAUACCCAUGAAGAAAUUGUUGCUUCGAUCGACUAAUUCUUACAGGUUACCAAUUUGAUGUGGAAUAGUUUCAUUCAACACAUUAUUAGUCAUCUUAAGCAGGCAGAGUUUAUUGCAGCCCCCAAUUUGUUCUGGUAUUCGUCCAUUCAGAGUGUUUGCUAACAAAUUUCAUAUCAAAAAGUAAUACCAGCACAAUCAUAUCUACAAAAAAAAUCAUGAAGUUUCAUCAUUAAUUUUUCUUGAUUUUGCAGCAAUUGGUAGUAGUCUUGUGCAUUGGGUUGUCUUUUUGUUAAUGUAACCAAAUUGGAGCAUAGAUGCAAUAUAUGUCGUAGGCUUUGCACUCUUUGAUAUUCUAUAUCUAUCAUGCUACAUGGCACUCUUUCUCUGCAAAAGAAAUAUUUUCUGCAAGACAUGGCAUGAGGGGAUUUGUGCAGCUUGCAAUACCGGCGCCGUACAUGUGCGAUGGUUAAAUGUAGACUUGCUAAACCAACAUUGUGCAGGCCCAGAAAAUUUUUCAUGUGUACUAUCAGACACCCCCAAGUAUUUUUUGAUAUUCAAAGUUUGAUUUUGACUCUUUUUUUUCUUUCACAUGCUUACAUGGAAGCAUGUGAUUGGAAGCAGUAUUCAGAGUUCAUCCACGAUGCCUGUUUUCUAUGGUACAGAGUAUGCAUCCUUAGAUAGCUACUAUAUCACCCAUCUCGAAGAUAAAGGGCUAUGGCUCAUCUCACUAUCCAUCUUGUUUGGCACCAAACUCUAUUUUUGAGAUGAGUGAUAGCCGUGUAUUUUCAAGAUGGAUCACAUGGUGGCUAUUCAAUGAUUAUUUUUUUUGACAAUAGCCAUCUAAUGAUCCACGGUGUAAAAUAUACGCAACAAAGGCUUUGGACCUAACAAUAACUUGGAUCUGAUUUGAGGCCGUACGGAACAGUAGCAAUAUCACCUUAAUCCCCUGUCUAUCUAGGAUCAUGAUGUGAUGUAACAUGAGUGGCUAAGCCUGGAUUCUUUAACUUCGAGGAUGCUCUCUUUCUUUGCAAGGAUACGUGUUUAAAGAUCCGUUCAUUUUAACUUAAGAAUCAAAUGCUAUCUCUUUCUUUUGGCUUUUAGUGAUGCAUCUAUUUCUCAAAUGGGAUAGAGACUGCAGUGGAAGAAAUUAUAUUCCACACCACGUGCACAACAUGGCAGUGCGCCACUCCAAUCACGGAAGAUAUAUAUAAGCUGACAGCAACCAUUGAAGGAUAAGUUUGAAGCCCAUAGCACUAGCGGAUGGUAGAGGCCAGACUCGAGGGAGAUAUAAUCGGAGACUUAUUGAUUACAUGCCUGUCACCCAUUGGUUGAAUUGAGCAGGACAUGUUAGUAAAGUCCAGUCCGGUUCCGUAGGGUUUGGGUAAAGUCACCAUCCCCCAACCCUCGUUCAGCUUGAAACAUUCAAACCAUCGCAAAAAUUGCUUGGCAUAAUGAUAAACUUGUUUUGUUAUGGCAUGCGUGUUAUUGGUUCAAAAUACGAAAAAAAAGCUCUCCGCACCUGAGAGUAAGGCCAUGUAUCAUGGUUUGUCGUACCGGUCUAAACUGAACAGUACGGGACAUACCGUACCAUACCGAUUCGGUAUCGGUACCCCGUAUAGGUGGCAUACCGACACUCGAUAUACUAAAAAAACUCUGUAUCGUACCAUACUGUACCGAUACUGUGGUAGUAUGGCACCGAUAUGGGAUCCGGUACCGAGACGACGAAUUUUUCAAUAUAUAUUUAACCUUUCUAAACCCCGCAAUGGUAGUAGUCUUGUGCAUUGAGUUGUUUUUUUGUUAAUGUACCCAAAUUGGAGCAUAGGUUGAUGUGUAAGAUUGAAAUGCAAUAUAUGUCAAAGACUUGGCACUCUUUCUCUGCAAAAGAAACAUUUUCUGCAAGACAUGGCAUGAGGGGAUUUGUGCAGCUGGCAAUACCGGCGCGGUACAUGGGCGAUGGUUAAAUGUAGACUUGCUAAACCAACAUUGUGUAGGCCCAGAAAAUUUUUCGUGCAUCAGACACCCCCAAGUAUUUUUUGAUGUUCAAAGUUUGAUUUUGACUCUUUUUUUCUUUCACAUGCUGACAUGGAAGCAUGUGAUUGGAAGCAGUAUUCAGAGUUCAAAAUUGAUAUCAGAUAUAUUUUCAAAUAAAUUAAUCUCUGAUGCAUGUAACUAGAUUAUAAUUAACCCAUUUCUGUUUCUUAGAAACAAGAGGCGUUCUCCUUGCUUCCAUUUAAGUAUUUGCCAUUCGAGCGACCAAACAUAAUGAUAAACCAAUUCGGCAUCGACGAUUGACAAUAAUGAACAAUGAUCAUCCAACGUAGAGAGCAUGCAUCCUUGGACAGGUGCUGCAUCACUCAUCUCGAGAAUAAAGGGCUAUGGCUCAUCUCUCUGUCCACUUUGUUUGGCACCAAACUUUAUUUUUGAGAUGAAUGAUAGCCGUAUGUUUUCAAGAUGGAUGAUUAUUUUUUUUGAUGAUGGCUGUCCAAUAGAUUCACAUGCAGCUCUUCACGGUGUAAAAUAUGCAUAACAAAGGCUUUGGACCUAACAAUAAUUAAGAUACGAUCCGAGACUGUAGAUAUUUAUACGGAACAGUAGCGAUAUCACCUGUAGCGAUAUCACCUCAAUCCCCUAUCUGUCUAGGAUCACGGUGUGAUGUAAGAUGAGUGGCUAAGCUUGGAUUUUUUAAUUUCGAGGAUGCUCUCUUUCUUCGCGACGAUACAUGUUUAAAGGUUAUAAAGCUCCCACCGUUCAUUUUAAUUUAAUAAUCAAAUGCUAUCCCUUCUUUUUGGCUUUUAGUGAUGCAUCUAUUUCUCAAAUGGGAUAGAGACUACAGUGGAAGAAAUUAUAUUCCACACCACGUGGCUCACCGCCAUGCUAAUCACGAAGAUAUUUAUAAGCUGACAUCAACCACUGAAGGAUAAGUUUGAAGCCCAUAGCACUAGCGGACGGUAGAGGCCAGACUCAAGAGAGAUAUAACCGAAGACUUUUUGUUGAAGAAGAGACAGAAUUGUAGAUGGAUGGCAACAUAGUGCCCAACAAAAACAAAAACAAGCCAGUCACCCGUUGGUUGAAAUAGAGCAUGACAUGUUAGCAAAGUCCAGUCCAGCUCCAUAGGGUUUGGGAAAAGUCACUAUCCCCCGACCCUCAUUUAGCUUGAAACAUUCAAAGCAUCACAAAAAUUUCUAUCACCCGUCCCUUACGGUAGACAUGCAGAGGAAUAUGCAACUAGAUGGUGGCUAUAAAAGGCCUCGAACUCUCUCUCAACAACCACAAUAACCUUAAAACACCUUGGGCCUAUCAGAACCUUAGCUAUGUCAUCUCCAAAAUUCCUCUCCACCCUUCUUCUGUUUCUAAUCCUUUCAUUUCUUCUUGCCUUGGCAUCAGCUUCACUUGCAUCCCAAGGGAGGGCCCUCCUCCAGUGGAAAGUCAGCCUCCAGAGCCAAGGAUCACUUGAAUCUUGGAACCUCGACACUAGUCCAUGCAACUGGACUGGAAUCUCAUGCAACGUCACACGUCGAGGCCGACAUGUGAUCACGGAGGUGAAUCUGGCCCAAAAGGGUCUGGCAGGAACGCUAAAUGCUCUCAACUUCUCCCUCCUAUCAUCACUUACCAGUCUCAACCUCACGUUCAACCAGCUCUAUGGAAGCAUCCCUCCCACCAUAUCUGCUCUUUCGAAGCUCAUCUCUCUUGAUCUCUGCACUAAUAACUUUGCAGGGACAAUUCCAUUGCAGAUCAGCUCUCUGACAAAGCUCAACUCUUUCAAUCUUAGUGAGAAUCAGAUAAGCGGUUCCAUCCCUCCUUGGCUAAGUAAUAUGACAAGGCUUAACUUCUUAUACCUAUACCAAAAUAACCUUUCAGGUACCAUCCCUAAGGAAUUAGGAAGGCUUGGGAAUCUCUUGGAGUUGAAAAUCUACACCAACCAUAUAACAGGUUCCAUCCCUCCCACUUUGGGAAAUUUAACCCGGCUUCAAUUAUUGUUUUGCUCCCACAACGGGAUAUCUGGCUCCAUGCCUCCCGAAUUAGGGAAUCUCAUAAACCUGGUUUAUUUAGGCAUGGGUAAUAACAGUCUGACAGGUUUCAUCCCUCUUAGCUUGGGAAACUGGACCAAGCUUAACUGGUUCUUUCUUUGGGGUAAUCAUCUCUUCGGCUCCAUUCCUUCUGAAAUAGGAAAUCUAGCGGAGUUAACUAUGCUAGAACUCUCAACAAACAAUUUAACAGGUUCCAUCCCCACCAGCUUAGGAAAUUUAACCAAGCUUAAUAUUAUGUACCUUUGGGGCAAUCAUCUCUCGGGAUCAAUUCCUCAUGAAAUAGGAAAUCUAAUGGAGUUAGCUAAUCUAGACCUCUCAGCAAACAAUUUAACAGGUUCCAUCCCCACCAGCUUAGGAAAUUUAACCAAGCUUGAAAUCUUGUACUUCUUUAAAAAUCAGAUCUCUCGAUCGAUUCCUCAUGAAUUAGGAAACUUGGUAAGCUUGAGAGAUUUGGAAAUCAAUACCAACCUUUUAGAUGGUUCAAUCCCUGCUAGUAUAGGAAAUUUAACCAAGCUUGAAAUCUUGUAUCUCUUUAAAAAUCAGAUCUCUGGAUCGAUUCCUCCUGAAUUUGGAAACUUGGUAAGCUUGAGAGAUUUGGAAAUCAAUACCAACCUUUUAGAUGGUUCAAUCCCUACUAGUAUCGGAAAUUUAACCAAGCUUGAAAUCUUGUACCUCUUUAAAAAUCAGAUCUCUAGAUCAAUUCCUCCUGAAUUAGGAAACUUGGUAAGUUUGAGAGAUUUGGAAAUCAAUACCAACCUUUUAGAUGGUUCAAUCCCUGCUAGUAUCGAAAAUUUAACCAAGCUUGAAAUCUUGUACCUCUUUAAAAAUCAGAUCUCUGGAUCAAUUCCUCAUGAAUUAGGAAACUUGGUAAGCUUGAGAGAUUUGGAAAUCAAUAACAACGUUUUAGAUGGUUCAAUCCCUGCUAGUAUCGGAAAUUUAACUAAGCUUGAAAUCUUGUACCUUUUUGAAAAUCAUAUAUCUGGCUCGAUCCCUCCAUCUUUUGGAAGCUUAACCAACCUUACUGAUUUGCGCUUAUUCGACAAUCGACUAUCUGGUUCUUUGCCUCAGGAAUUUAACAAUUUUACAAAUUUGAAAUUUCUCGACUUGACGAACAACAAUUUUUCUGGCCAUUUACCACAUGACAUAUGCAAAGGAGGAGUUCUAUUUCAUCUCACUUUGAAUAACAAUCAUUUUGAAGGUCCGAUUUCCAAAAGCUUGAAAAACUGUACAAGCCUAGUUAGAGUCCGACUUGAGCAGAACCAACUAUCUGGGGAUAUAUCUGAAAAUCUUGGAGUGUAUCCACAUCUCUCAUACAUCGAUUUAAGCUUCAAUAGGCUGUCUGGUAAGCUCUCACCAAAUUGGGGAGGAUGUCAUAAUUUGUCGCUCUUAAGAAUCUCUGACAACAAGGUUACAGGAAGCAUACCAGCAGAACUUGGAAAGUUGACUCUACUGCAAGAACUUGACCUUUCCUCAAACUAUCUAUCAGGAGAGAUGCCGAAGGAUCUGAGCAUGUUAACUAAUCUAUAUAACUUGACUUUGAGCAACAACCAACUUGUUGGAGAGGUAUAUCCAGAAUUUGGAGAACUAUCUAAUUUGGAGAUUCUUGAUCUAUCAGCAAAUCAACUAAGGGGAAGGGUACCAGAACAAUUAGGUAACUGCAUAAAUCUUUAUUCGCUGAAGCUUGGAAACAAUCAUUUUAAUGGAAGCAUUCCCUUUCAAAUUGGAAAUCUAGUAAACCUGCAAGCCUUCCUCGAUCUAAGCCACAACUCAUUUACUGGAGAGAUACCACCACAAUUUGGCAAACUGGAUAAGCUAGAAGUUCUGAAUCUAUCACACAAUGAGCUGACUGGUCAUGUUCCGCCUUCUUUGAGUGGUAUGAAGAGCUUGUCAUCUGUAGACUUAUCAUACAAUGAAUUAGAAGGCCCACUACCCAACAACAAAAUUUUCCAGAAUGUUUCAGUGGAAGGGUUCAGCCACAACAAGGGCUUGUGUGGUGCAGUGAAAGGUUUGCCUUCAUGUGGCUUGUUUACAACUAGCAAAGAUGAUUCAAAUAAGCACCACAAACUUCUCUUGUUAAUUAUUGUUCCUAGUCUCUUAGUUCUAUUUGUUGUAUUUGCUCUGCAAAUUCUGAGGAGGAAGAAAUAUACGAGAAAUGAUGCAAGUAUUGAAGAAAGUGGAUUCUCUAUUUCGAACUUCAAUGGAGAAGACGCAUACGAUGGCAUCAUUCAAGCAACAGAGAAUUUUGAUGCCAAGUAUUGCAUUGGCACUGGAGCAUUUUCCAGUGUUUACAAAGCACUGCUGCCAAGUGACAAGUUGGUAGCUGUGAAGAAAUUUCAUCCAUUAGAAAUUGAAGAGUUGCCAAGCAAGCAAACUUUUUGGAAUGAAAUACGGGCACUGACCCAGAUCCAACAUCGGAAUAUUGUGAAGCUUUAUGGUUUUUGCUCCAGUGCUCGACAUAAGUUUCUUGUUUGUGAAUAUAUGGAGAGAGGAAGCUUGGCAAACAUUCUCCGAAGUGAAAAUGCCUCUAAAUUGGAUUGGUCUAAGAGAGUGGAUGCUGUAAAACAUAUUGCUCAUGCUCUAUCAUACAUGCACCAUGAUUGUGCUCCACCAUUAGUGCACCGAGACAUAACAAGUAAUAAUAUUCUACUUGAUUUAGAAUACAAGGCUUGUAUUUCGGACUUCGGUAUUGCUAGACUUGUAAAGCCUGAUUCAUCUAAUUGGAGUAUGCUUGCAGGCACACGAGGAUAUUUGGCCCCAGAGCUUGCAUACACAAUGAGGGUUACUGAGAAAUGUGAUGUAUAUAGUUUUGGAGUAGUAGCACUUGAGAUUGUAAUGGGAAAGCAUCCAGGAGAUCUCAUCUGUACUUUAUCUUCUUCCGUCGGUGAAAACACCUUUCUAAAAGAUAUAUUAGACCCGCGACUACGACCUCCUACAACUCAAGCUGCAAAUGAGUUAGUUGUAGUAGUUAUGACAGCAUUUCAGUGUUUGGAUAACAAUCCGCAUUCUCGUCCAACAAUGCGAAAUGUAUCUCAACGGCUAUCUACCAUCGGGGCACGACCAAACUCCCAACCUUUGGACAUGAUUAAGUUAUGUCACCUAAUCCAUGUCAAGAAUGAGGAAGCCUGUUGAACCUGUUGAAAAAAUUCUGGUAGAAGGUGACAGGAGUGAGGAAAUUCGGAGUUGGGCACAAUUGAUAUUUGCAAAACAAGAGAGUGCAAUAUAUUCGGUCAAAAGAAAACAAUCUUUGCGAGCUCAAUACAUAUAUGGUUUUAUAUUUUUCCUGACAAAUUUAUUGGCCUGUUUGUUCGUGACUACGGGCACAAAUUUCUCCAUAUUCUUCAUUGUAGGUCACUAUCCAGUCCAUCAUGUAUGCCUCUUCAUAUCGAGCAUUUGACAACUAUAUUAAAUAAGUUCGUACUUUAGUUAAUAAUUUUGAUAUGCACUUCAAAACUAAUAUGAAAAUUACUCUAAGCUGUGAUCUUUAUACUCAGAUCUGCUACUUAUUGACCAAUAGUUCUGAACUUUGCAUAUGGAAUGGAUAAAUCCUUUGCAAUUCUUUCUUAUCCAUAACCAGAUUAUAAUGUACUCAAAACUUCCUCAAUAUUAAAAUUUUCUUCUCUCGAACCUCCUUUAAUUAUCACAACAGUACUAGAUCAAUGAAUAAAUAAUUUUGUUUGGAAAGGAAAAUGAAUAAUGCAUGUUUUUACAGAUAUAUCAUGGGUAUAUUAAAUACCUUUCUAAGUUUCCUUUGAGAAAAGAGUAUCUUUGUAAUUGUAAUCUGCUAUAAUCCAUUUCUUUAUUUUACUAAGAAAUAGUUAGCUCAAUUAAUCUUGGAAGAAUAACAUUUUUAAUUUUUAGGUUGCUUAUCUCACAUUGGGAAGCAACCUGAUAUAUUUACACUAGCAUAUUAAAUACCUUUCUUUUGUUUUGGGAAAAGAGUAUCUUUGUAGUUGUAAUCUGCUAUAAUCCAUUUCCUUAUUUUAUUAAAAACAGUUAGUUCAAUCAAUCAGGGAUGAGUAGCACUUCUAAUUUUUAGGCUGCCUAUCUCACAUUGGGCACUAAUCCAAUAUAUUUACAGUAACAAACUUCUUCACUUCCUAAUUACAUUGUAGAUCAUAAAUAGAAACUUUAAACAGGAGAUGUGCCAUACGAUUUACAAGCUUAUUAUCAUGUAAAUCAUGUUUUUACGCUUCAAUUAUCUUUCCAGAUAUUACAGUAUGUGGAAUUGAUGGUGAUGAAUGUUUUCAUGCUGCAGGCAUGCUUCGUAUAUGCUUAGGGUGCUUCAUAUCCUUCAAUAAGGACAAUUCAGUGAGCCUCCAGUUUUUUUCUAGCUAAAGUCUUGUAUAUAGCUAUUCAUUCUCAUUAUUAUCAGAAUAUGACAUAAUAAUUGUUUCAAAUAAAGUCCUUCAUGGCUGUAAUUCCACACCUACAUUUUGUGGAAGAAAUGGUUCAGUGGGAAUAAACUUCUGAAAAGUUAAUCUAUUAGGAACCUUGACAAAUAUUCUCGGAUAUUUUUCUCAUUUAUGUUUGUCACUACACUUAGAGCUGAGGAGCUGCAAGAAGCUCGCAACUCAUGGCAUUCUAGAUGUUGGGCUUUAAGGGUUGCUAUAUAUCUAUUGUCAGUGACGGCUCCAGUCAUCAUCCCUCCACGUUUCAUCCAAUUAUAUGGUAUGCUAAAAGUCAUCGAGCAUGACAUUUAUGUUAUUGAAUGUAAUUGUAUCAUUUAAUUUAACUGAAACAGUUUAUGUAGUUUCUCUAGAUCAUGGAGGUUUUUUUCCUGUUCUUAUUUAAUCUACAAAACUGUAUUAUCAUUAUGCCAAUUUCUUCCACGACAAAACAGUGCGUACGUCUUUUUUUUUUUUUUGCAUCACAAAUAAUAAUGUCAGAAUGAUGCUAAGUCGUUGGAUUUUAUGCAGAGCUGCUAACGUAUAAACUUUACCAAAGAUUUCAAAUUUUUUGUUUGUCCUUCCACCUUUUGACAUUAAGAAGCUAAUUUACUAAGAAUACAGCAUGUGUGAAUUAAUAAGAUGUGUGUGUCUAUGGGCUUUAUUUCUCUAUCCACCAGGAAGCUAGGAAAAAAAGAACCAAAAGAAUCUUCUGGGAAAAAAGGACAGGAGACAACAGCUAUUUUACCUUUUUCUUUUUGCAGGCGAAGUUGCUCACGUAGGAACGCUCGCACCUUCGGCGAGCGUAGGAUGUUGCCGAGGUUUGUUGCGGAGUCUGCUCGAGCACUGGCAAUGGAGUCCAGACUCACCACCCUUGCAGACACACCCUUGAUAGCUCGGGACACCUGGGGUUCCUUCUCUGCUCAGGCAGCUCCUCGGACGGUGUUUUCCACCUGGGAGCCCCCACCCCCUAGUUUUCUCAAUGUCAACUUUGACGGGUCGGUGUUGGAUGGAGGUACACGAGGCGGGGCAGGCUUCGUCAUAUGGGACCCUCACUCCAGGGUAGUGGCAGCGGGCGGUUGCCGGUUGUUCGACAUAUCAGUUCCAGGGGCGGAGUUGCGAGCUGCCUGGGCAGGUGUUCGCCAUGCGCGGCAGGUACUGCGGGCUAGCUCGAUCAUCUUGGAGGGCGAUUCGGCUACGGUUAUUGGAUGGAUUCGGCGGAGACCGAGUGGUGAGAGCACUGACCACCCUCUAAUCCGGGACAUUGGGAUGAUGGUGAGGGAUGGCAUGGCCUUUGAGGCCAAGCAUGUAUUCAGAGAGGCCAACGGGGCGGCUGACUGGGUGGCUGCAUACGCGGCCCACCAUUCAGGAUACGCCCUAUGGGCAGGAGAGAGUGAGAUGCCGUUGGCACUACGUGAGAUUGUGUAUUUUGAUUUUCUUGGGUGUAUUCGGACACGCGUUGUCUGAAGAACCCGUUAAA